AUGCCGUCUGCUGCCGAAGUGCCCCCAGGAGGACCUGCUUCGACACCCGAGGUCAAGAUCACGAGCCUGCCCCCUCUGAAGCCUGACCUCUUCGAACGCGCCUGGUCAUCGACACCUCACCCUACGCUGCCCCUUCUGGCUACUGCACAUGGCAAAUCCGUCACCAUCUUUUCUCUUGCUUCUCUCGCCUCACACAGCACCUUGACCGGCGGCCAUACACGAUCUGUCCGAUCCGUCUCGUGGAAGCCCAACCUGCCCCCGCACCAACUGUGCCUCGUCACGGGCAGCUUUGAUUCCACUGCUGGCGUGUGGCGCUGGGACGGUGAUCUUCCCUUAUCCGAGCAAGAAGCAGGCGCCUCACGCGAGACGGAGGUGAAGGCUGUAUCCCGCCCUUCCCGUGCCGACGCUGACUCGGACGUCGAUUCUACGGACGCCAAGGAUUGGGAGUUUACGCUCGUCCUCGAGGGCCACGACUCAGAGAUCAAGUCUGCUGUGUUUGCACCAUCCGGUGCCUACCUGGCCACAUGCAGUCGUGACCAGACGGUAUGGAUAUGGGAAGAUGUUGGUGCUACCGAGGGCGAUGAUGAGUGGGAGACGGUCGCUGUGCUGAACGAGCACGAAGGCGACAUGAAGGCUUUGGCCUGGUGUCCCGAUGUGCCGAAUCGCAACAACCGCAGCGGUGUCUAUAGCUCUGAUGUUCUCGCGAGCGCGAGCUACGAUAACACAGUCCGCAUCUGGCGCGAGGAUGGGGAUGGCGAGUGGGUGUGCGUCGCCGUGCUCGAAGGCCACGAGGGCACCGUAUGGGGCGUGCAGUGGGAAUCGAGGCCGAGGACUGAUGGUGCCUUUCCUAGGCUGCUGACAUACUCUGCGGAUAAAACCAUACGAGUUUGGACUAUGAGGCAGGAAGAAGACGAGGCCGCGACAACAAAUGAGUCAACGACUGCUGCAAGCGACGGUACCUUCCGAGGCGGCCUCGGCGGCAUCCCAAACACCAUGCGCCAGUCCUUGCGUGAGGAUUGGUACUGUUCUGAAGUGCUUCCAACAGCGCACACGAGAGAUAUCUAUUCGGCCACAUGGAGUGCAUCAACAGGCCUCAUUGCGAGCACUGGCAGCGAUGGUGUCAUAGCUGUGUUUGGGGAGGAUGAGAAGGCGGAAGUGGGCAAUAGGUGGCGGCUAUUGACCACAGUCCCAAAUGCCCAUGGACCAUACGAGGUGAACCACAUCACUUGGUGCCGUAGGUAUGAUGCGGGAACUGAGAGGAAGGGGGGAGGAGGAGAUGCUUGUCACUACGGGCGAUGA